AUGUUAAUCUCCCUUCGUUCAGCAUUGAAAUGCCUAAUAUAUAAAAGAUCCAUUACUACAACUACUAGACUAUGCAGCAGCAACAACUACAACUCAUUUAUAUCGAGAUCAAUAUCAUUUAAAGAGUCAAAUUCAUCAAGACAAAAUGCAUCAUCAUCUAAUCGAGUUCAGGAACAGAAAAACCACGGAAAUCACAGUACCCAUCGCCACCGUCAUUCACCGAGGAUAGUACGUCAUCAUAACGGACGUCGUGAAGGUAAUUUCCAAACACGAGCCAAUGCAAAUGGUAGAGAUGACUCUUCGAAUCGAUUCAAUUUGCAAAAAAUCCUCGAUACGGGAUCUGAAUCAGCUCAAAAUGCAUUAAAAUCCAUCCUAUCUCGAAUUCAUCAUUUACAACCAUUGAAUCAACAGGUCCAAUACGUAUCUCCAACUCAGGGCCUCAUCACUUGUUCAAUUCAACAAGUUCUUGAAGAUUUAGAUUUGAGUACUCAAGGACUUCAAUUAAUUGAAAGAGAAGUCACCACCACUACCACCACCUCCACCACCAACAACAACAACAAUAAAAACAAUGCAGACACAUCUCCUAGUGUUAUUCCAUUGAUUAAGAAGAUCAAAAUUCAAGAAAUGCUCAAGGCUUAUAAUGAUGAGCUAGCAGAAGCUAAAGAACUCGAACUCCUAACUAUGGGCUCUAAAAAAACCAUCAAAGCAUUGGAUAACAAAUUACGUGCCAAACAGAAGAAAUCAAGCGAGAAACAAAUCAUGAUUAAAUGGUCAAUCAGCUUGAAUGAUUUAACAAAUCAAAAACAAGUUGAAAUUGAUAAUCGAUUGAAAAAAGAGAAAAGUAAGAUUGCAAUUUAUUUAAUUCAUAAUAAGAAAUCACCCAAUUUGAAAAUCACUGAUAUCUUUAGAAACAGCAACAAUAGUGGGUCCAAUGAAUCUGAUGUGGAUGAAAUGAUGGAUAUUGAAUUAAAAAAGAGAAAUAAAGUGAAGCAGACAUUGGAAGGAAUUUUAAAUUCUUUGGAAUGUAAAUGGACGAUGGAAGGUGACGUUGAAAGCAAAGUCGUCUACUCCAUAACUCCAACUGCAUCCACUACUACUGCCGUGGUUAAUGAGAAAGGGAAACUGGUUGAAGUAAAUCAACAACUGGAGAAGAAUAAAAAGAAGCAAAAAGCUAAAAGUGCCCAUGACAAACAAGAAAAGUCUAAAGUUGAUGAAGAGGAUCUUGACGCUUUAUACCUGUUUAAAAUUGAAGAUUAA